CUGCCGGAAGAGAAAUUCCCGAAAAAUGCCAAAUUAAGGGGAUCGAUCAUCGUUCACCUUCAACUUUGGAAGUGAACACAUUUGGGGACAACGGAGAUAUGGGUUUUUGCUGGGAUCGACGCAGGCGGGAAGAUAAAACAAAAAGAGGAAGAGCGAAGAGCCGGUGAAGAAUGAAGACUAGCGAGUGUUGUAGUGGCAAGGGGGAGGAGACAGAGCCGGUGAAUGCGUUAAAUACGUUGAGGCAGAGGGCGCUUUCGCCGCUAUCUCUCCCCUUUCUCGCUCCCCCUUCCCCCUCCUCUCCUUCUGUCGCUUCACCCCUCUUCUUCUUCUUCCUCCGGCUAGGUGUUGCCUUUGUCUGCUUUGCCAGCGUUAGGUGAAGUUUUACUCCCUUUCUCCGUCAUCUUCUUGUCAGUCUUGUGAAGAUACCACAACGGAGGCGAGCGAAUUCAGAAGGGCGUGCGCAGAGGAGAAAAAAUCAAAAGCUCAUCGGAGAUCAUUGAAACAAGAGAUGGAUCGUCGCUUGAUCAGAAAGCCGGGCGUCGUUACGACGUGACGGAGCCAAUUUUCCGGCAGGUUAAAGCAGCAUAAUAUUGUUUAGUGAUUCGUCAAAGUUUUCAUUGUUUGGUUCGUUCCAUUUAACGAUUGAGGUCGCAGAGAUGGAUGAAGAUGGUUCUGGUUUAUACCGCCGGACAUCUGUCCGCAAUCGCAAGGUGGCUGCAAAGAUGAGUGCUGCUCUUGGUAGUAGCGACAACCGGAUGCAGGCAGCCCUUGCGCGCCUUGAAGCACUGGAGAGUGAUUAUGCUGGCGUGGAGACAGUAGAAAUUGAUGACGAUGAGGAUGCGUCUCUUGAUGAAGAUGAUCAAGCUUAUGUGCAAAGGAAACAGAAGGGUGGAAGACGUAGGACAAGGCAGGCAAGGGCUCUUGAGAAUGCAAAGAAGGCACCUAAAUCCUUUUUGGAUAUGUUACAUGAGGCAAAUCUGGAAUCUUUGCCUCCAAAUAUACCCUCUUACCUCACUGCUGCAGUGGGUCCUCCAAGUUCAUCCUCCCGUCGGUAUUUCUGUUCUGUCUGUGGGUAUAUUGCAAAUUAUACAUGUGUGCAGUGUGGGACACGUUUUUGUUCACGCCGCUGCCAAGCUGUACAUAAUGACACUCGUUGUCUAAAAUUUGUUGCUUGACAUGUGUUGGACUUAGUAACCAUUGCUGCCCACUGUUUCUCAUUGUCCGGUUUUUAACCUUGUUUUAUUCAAUAUAGAUGUGCUUUAUCCA